GAGGAUCCUCUAUAUAUAAGAGCAAUCUUGGCACUGGCCGUGCUAAAAGAUGGCAAAGAGUACGCAACAAGUCAGUGUCCUCGGCCUUGUGCUGCUGGCCCUUUUGGCCGCCUCCCCGGUGCUGGCCGCCCGAAGGAACGUUCGCAGAAACCAACAGAGGGUCGCAGGUGCCAGUCUUCCGAAGGAGGUUCGUCGCCAAUGGCAAAUGGCCGUCAACGUGCCCCCCGCGUUCCUCCUCAAGCAAGACGCGUCCGAGCUGCCCCCGGCCGCCCCCGGACACAUGUGGGUCCAGGUGCCCAUAACCGAGACGCCGCCUCCGUCCGAAGCGCCCUUCACGACGACCGAGGCGACCGAGUCGGCGGCGGCGGCGGCCGAGGGCAGCACCGAGGCCACGCCGGUGUCCGACCCGGAAAUGCUGAAGAACUGCAAGGAGCCCCGAGGACAGUUCGCGCACCCGGACCAGUGCAACAAGUUCUACAACUGCUGGGACGGCUUCGUGGCCGAGCAGUCUUGCCCGGGCGAACUCGUGUUCUCGGACCAGGGAGCCUUUUGCGAUUACAGGGACAACGUCGAUUGCUCCAGCAGAGGCGGCGACCCUCCUGCGCAGACUGAAGCUCCUGCUCAAACAGGCGAGUCCAGUUCGGAGAGCGAAGCGCCAGUCGAGUCUACGGAGGCGCCAUCAGGGCCUGCCGAGGGAGAGGAAGAGUCGGAAGGAAACAAGGUUUCCGAGGAGCAGUUGAAGGAGGACAUCGGUGAAGGGUGCAAGUCGCCCUUCGCCAGGUACCGCAGCCCCAAGAACUGCGAUAUUUUCAUCGUCUGCUCCCACGGAACUCCGUACAGAUUUGAAUGCCCCGAGACUCUCAACUAUAACGAGAACUUGGCCGUGUGCGACUAUCCGUACAGGGUCGACUGCGGCAACUCGACCUCCAAGUACCCCCAGGGAGAGCAGCAGCCGUCGGACGCGACGCCGGCAGGACCGGCAGCCGAGCCUGAGAAGACACACGAGCAGGUUUGGAGGUACUUUUACCAGCAGCAGCAGCAAAAGUACCCCCUGCCCGCCGACCUCUCCGCCUACUACGGAGGAUUCGCCCACCUGCCACCAGUCAGAAUUGCGCCAGGAUUCGUCCGCCAGCAAUGAGGGACAUUAUUUGCACCAACCGACCGACGACAACCGUUUCCUCCACUUCACCCCCGACAAACCAACCAACCCCCGACGGUGCUGGGUUCAUAACACUAACACUAAAAAGGGCUCGAAAAGCGGCCUGAGGAAGAGUUGAUGAAGAGGCACUUUGUCCACUUUGGCCCGCGUGGGAAAAUGAUCGGCGGCCGUUUUUCACAUUUGCGUUGAAUCGCCUCUGCUGUUUACGGCGGCGUUUUAUCACGUGCCGUAAGAAAUUUUAUCCGACGGCUAAAAAUUCCCUUCGACCUCCUCCUUCCUCCGGCCGCGUGUGCGAAGCUCCUGGGCUUAUUUAUUGGGCAAUACCGCGCGUCCAGCCGAAAACUCACCCCUCGCCUCUGGCCAGGCGAAACACAAACCAUGUGAAAAAAGUUGAAAAAAAAUUGAAAGCUCUCCAAAGAGAUGCUAAUUUAUACAACUGACUAAUAAUAAAUAUAUUUAUUUCUGAGUACAA